UACCGCGAAAGUAGGUGUGCGAUGGCGCUUCUGGUUGGAGUUUGUAAGGACGGAGACGAGGGGUUUCCUUUGGAUAAAAGGCAGAACUGUCUGCCCAUCGAUGACACGUUGACAUUUAAUGGAUUUAAGAAAAAAAGUUCUGUUGAUCUCAAUAAGUCACUUGGGGAAGAGGUAAAAGCAUUUCUAACUGAGGAAGAAUGUCUUCAUUUGUAUGAUGAUCUAACCAAAGUGAACCCUGUGACGACUGAAACUGUUCUGAAAUGUCUUCAAGCGAGAUAUAUAGCAGGUGUUUUCUACACAAAAGCUGGAUGUACGAUGGUUGCAGUUAAUCCUUUUCAUCCAGUUGAUAAAUUGUAUAGUUUGGAGAUGAUGAAAGAGUGUCAUGCAGCAAUUCAUCUUCAGAACUGUAAACCACACAUCUUUACUGUUGCAGAACAAGCUUAUCGAAAUAUCCAAACGCAGAUUAAUCACAUAAACCAGUCUAUAAUUGUUACUGGAGAAAGUGGAGCAGGAAAGACAUGGACAACUCGAUGCCUAAUGAAGUUUUAUACUGCAGUUUCUUCUGCUAGUGUGUUGCAAGAAUCCAACAAGACAGUGGAAAGAAUUGAGAGUAAAGUUCUUGAUUCCAAUCCUGUUUUGGAAGCAUUCGGUAAUGCAUGCACCCUUAGGAACAAUAAUAGCAGCAGAUUUGGAAAAUAUAUCCAGCUUCAGUUAAACAGCCUACAACAAAUUACUGGGGCCAAUAUCCAGACUUACCUUUUAGAGAGUACGCGUAUAGCUCAUCAAAAUUCUUCAGAAAGGAACUUUCAUAUCUUUUACCAGAUUGUGAAAGGUGCAUCUCAGGAUGAAAGAAAACAAUGGAGUCUUCCAGAGAAUGCAACGUUUUCUUGGCUUCCAAAUUCUGAGAAAAACUUUGAGGAGGAUUGCUUUGAAUCCACCAAAACUGCAAUGCUGCAUUUGGGAAUUGAACCUUCCACACAGAAUAAAAUAUUUAAGAUCUUAUCUGGACUUUUGCAUAUGGGAAACAUACAAUUUUCUGAAUCAUUGGAUGAAAAUCAAGCAUGUGAAUUGUCACAUUUUGCAAAAGAUUUCAUAAAUUCAGCUUCAAACUUGAUAAAACUUCCUACUGACCUACUGAUGGAAAGAUUAUGUUACCGAACUAUUACAGCUGGGAAACAAGUAUUUAAAAAGCCAUGCAAGAAAGCAGAGUGUCAAACAAGAAGGGAUUGUCUAGCUAAAACUAUCUAUGCAAGAUUGUUUGACUGGCUGGUCAUGUCGAUAAAUGAAAGCAUAUGCUGUGAAUCUGGAGAAUGGAGCAAUUUUAUUGGUUUGCUUGAUGUGUAUGGAUUUGAAUCUUUUCUACAAAACAGUUUGGAACAGUUGUGCAUUAACUAUGCUAAUGAGAAACUUCAACAGCAUUUUGUGUCUCACUACAUGAAAGCUCAGCAGGAGGAAUAUGCGGCAGAAGGGCUUGAAUGGUCUUUUAUAAGUUACCAAGACAAUAGGCGCUGUGUGGAGCUUAUCGAAGGAAGUCCAGUUAGUGUUUUUUCAUUGCUAAAUGAGGAAUGUCGUUUAAAUAGAUCUUCAGAUUCCGUCCAGCUCCAGUCUCGGUUUGAAGUAAAUCUUUCUCACAAUGUGUGCUUCAGCCGAGACACCUUCAGUAAAAAUCCAAACUUUGUUAUAUCGCACUACGCUGGAAAAGUGAUAUAUCAGAUUGAAGAAAUGGUAGAAAAAAAUAAGGACCCUGUUCCCCCAGAGCUUAUUCUUCUCUUGCAAGAGACCAAGGACUGCCUACUUCAAAAGCUGUUUCCACAAGAGCUUAAUAACCAUGUUGAUGUUGGUGCACACAGCAGAUUACCAGCUGUGACAGUGGUUUCCAAAUUUAAGGGUUCUUUAGAGAUUUUGAUGACUAUUUUGAAUGAAACUACACCACACUACAUACGAUGUGUUAAGCCAAAUAUGGAUUGCAAGGCAUUAUUGUUCAGAACCAAAGAGGUACUCAGUCAGCUGGAAGCAUGUGGCAUUGUGGAAACCAUUCAUAUAAGUGCAGCAGGCUUCCCAAUCAGGAUUUCCUUCCAAAGUUUUGUGAAGCGCUAUGAGUUGAUUACACCCUAUAUGCAUGGUAUAAAAAGACUGAGAAAAGACUUGGCACAUGCAAGACAAGGUCCUUCUCCAGUGGAGAUGAAUGAAUUAAAGCUUAUAUCACAAAAUAUUCUACAGAUGGUUUUGUCUAAACUUACAUUAAGUAAUACACUGGCACACUGCGGUACCACAAAAAUAUUUCUUUCGCACUUUAUGGUAGAUGUACUUGAAAAACAAAGGUCAUUGGCACUUUCUCAAAGAGUUUUAAAUAUUCAAUGUUGUUGGAGGCGAUACAGACAUAGAAAACUGGCUAACCAAAGGAAGGCAGCCAUAACUAUCCAAGCAGUGGUCAGAAGCUGGCUUACAAGGAAACAUAUUGAAAAGAUGCAUAAGGCAGCUUCUGUCAUCAAGAGGACAUGGAUAAGGUGGAAGCAACAAAUGGAAGCGAUAUGUUCACAAGAUCUGGAUGACUUUACAGAUUCUAUAGAAAGCAAAACAUUGUCUGUGGAGGAAAAAGCUUUUGGCACUUCAAAUAGAAAUUAUACACAAAGCAAACCACUGGAAUAUUGUUCGGUUGAACGAUUCUGGCUUUUUGAUUUUGCAUUGUCUACAGCGCCAGUUGUAAGGAACAUAGGGAUGGCUGAUAGAUUUAAUAGACAUGAUCUGUUAUUGACAUGUCUCCAUAUACUAAACAGAAGGAAUGGAUACAGCAUUAAUGCAAAUCAGUCACACCAUGGCAUCACAUCAAUACGGGCACUGCCUCAGGGAUCUGUAAAAUUUCACUACAAGAGGUCUCCACUACAGUUUGCCAACAUAUGCCCAGAUGGACUGAAGUAUGGGUUUAAUGAAAUUUUGUUGGAAAAAAUAAAAUAACUGACAGAAUAAGCAAAUUUAUAGCCUGUAUGAUCAAUAAUUUUAAAGCCUUUUGCACUUUUGAGUGAUUACUUUAAAAUUGUCUAUGCGAUAUUUGAUGUACACAAAAUUAUUCUGCACUUGAGGAUUUUAUGAAUCAGAUGUUUGUUUUUGGUUACAUUGUAUUGUUAUGUAAUGCAGAUGAUCAGUCUGCAUUGUAUGCUGUAUAUAGGCUUUUAUUUGUACAACAGUUUAUCAUGAUUUAUUCAUCACUGAUUAAUCUAUGUGUACUGCCAGUGGUACUGAUAACACUAAUGUUAUGUGUUAUUCUAAUAUUUUGCUAUUUUUUUCUGUAUGGUUAUUCACGAUCUGAGUUAGCAAUUAUUGUCCUAGUAGUACUAAUUCAUGGAUCUUUCCUGUGUGUUAUUCUUACACUACGAGAACAAAGAACCAUAAGAUGGUUCUUGUAACAUAAAACUUAGGAGGUCAUUUAUUAAGACCGCUGUUUUAGACAUUUAGCGUAAAAAAAUGAUUAAUGAGAUGGGCCUGACGGCCCUUCCCCACCCACGCCAC